AUGAUUUGCGCACGGACGAUCUUCCGUUGUUUUAGAUGGCUCGAGCGGAUGGGUGAUCGGGUUACAGGGGCCGCAGGACCAUUUUUUGUUGGUCUUGCUGUCAUACUGAUCAGUCUUGGGACUGUAUGCUUUUUCGACGUGAUACAACCUACUCUGCGUUUUCCUUGGUUAACCACGCCGCCAUGCAUUCUAAUUGUCUGCAAUUUAUUCAUGCACUAUUACUACGUUUGUACCAUCCCUCCAGGGUUCAUCCAGGAUGGCCCUCGGGAAGCGAAGGGCGGCAUCUUAUGGGCGGGAGAAAAACCAAAUUCAAGUGAGCAAAGGAGGGGCGUACGGUGGUCAGGUGAAGAUGGACUGGGUAGCGGAAUCAAAAUAUCAAAAGCCAACUUAACCAUGUGUAAGAAGUGUGGGCAAACUCGACCUGAGAGGUCACACCACUGUCGAAUAUGUAAGCGAUGUGUACUCAAGUACGACCAUCACUGUCCAACUCCUUUUUGUGUAGGGGUAAAUCAAUGCGUCGGACUGCACAACGAGCGGCAUUUUGUUAUGUUCAUGGCAUAUCUUGUUAUUUCCACAUUUUGCUACAGUGUCCUCGGGUAUCAGAAGAUGCUUGGUGCACUAGGUUUGACUUUCAUGUUUGAUUGGCCUUACUUGGUUCCGUCGCUCGCAUAUAUCCUCAUCUACAUGUUGUCCGUCGUGUUGUGCCUCGCAGUAGGCAUCAUGCUUAGUUGGCACCUCUUGGGUGUUGCAGCGGCCGAGACAUCGGUCGAAUCACAGGACCAUGAUGUAUACCGAAAGAUUGCGAAAUCCAGAAAUGAUACGUUUGUUAAUUCGUAUGACCUUGGAAAGCGCAAGAAUUUAGAGCUAUUUUUCAAUAUUGGGCCCACAGGAUACCCUUGGUAUACCCUCAUUCUCCCGCUCCGAAUCAUGCCCUACACAGACGGCCGUUCGUGGGCUCGACGAGAAGGGUUUGAGCGUCACCGCGGUGUAAGAGAAGGGGAGGAAUUGACUGAUGAAGACGACGAUGAGCACGCACCCUAA